AUCCCCAAACUGAAACAUACUACAUGGUCAUUCAAUUCGCCAACAGUAAUGAUCUUCGGUGCUAUUUACGUGAUCAUUUCGCAGAACUAGAUUGGUCAAUUAAGAUUAGAAUAGCGAAAGAUAUUUCUAGCGGGAUUAAUUGUUUGCACAAUGCAAAUAUUAUUCAUCGUGAUCUU